AUGAGUUCUCUGAUUCCAUCCCCUGCCUUCACAGGUGGGCGCCGCAUCGACUGGAUGAGGCGCUGGAGAGUCUGGGAGCUCCACCGGGAUUAUUUCCCCAUCAAGCUGGUGAAGACGGCCGAGCUGCCCCCGACGCGGAACUACGUCCUGGGCUCCCACCCCCACGGGAUCAUCUGCGCGGGGGCUUUUUCCGCCACCUGCACAGAGGCCACGGGCUUCUCCCGCACCUUCCCUGGCCUCCGGCCCAGCCUGGCCGUCCUCGCAGGGCUGUUCUACCUGCCCGUCUACCGGGACUACAUGAUGAGCUUAGGGGCUGUCCCCGUCAACAAAAGCUCCCUGGACUUCCUCCUGAGCGGGCCCCCUGGGCACGCAGUGGUCAUCGUGGUGGGGGGCGCGGCCGAGUCGCUGGACUGUGCCCCCGGAGAGCAGCGCGUCCGCCUUCACGGGAGGAGGGGAUUCGUGCGCCUGGCGCUGCAACACGGGGCUGACCUGGUGCCCGUUUACACCUUCGGGGAGAAUGACAUUUUCCGACAGAUCCGCUUCCCUGAGGGCAGCUUCGCUCGCCGCUUCCAGCUCCGUUUCAAGCAACUGAUCGGCUUCGCCCCUUGCCUCUUCAGCGGGAGGGGGCUCUUCUCCAGCCACUCCUGGGGGAUCUUGCCCAUGGCUGCCCCCAUCACGGUGGUGGGUAAGGACCCACCAGUUGGGAAGCCUAUCCCGGUCCCGCUCCGCCCGCACCCCACUGAGGAUGAGGUGAACAGCUUCCACGCCCUCUACGUCGAGGCCCUGAAGGAACUCUUCAAUGCCCAUAAAGAAUCCUGCGGCCUCCCGGCCUCCCAGCAGCUCCUCAUCACCUAG